GGACAGUUACAGACAAUUCGACGUAAUGGAAGCAUGUAAAAACUGAACUUUAAAGAUAAACUGAAGUUUGAGACGUGUGUAAAAUGUUUCCGUAGACCUAUCUCGACAUGCAUGUUAAUGUUAGCUAUUUUUGAGUCCCUGAAUGUUUAAUCGUGCAUAGGUUAACGUUAGCGUCAAAAAACCGAGAACCUAAAUACAUAUAAUUUGUGGUUCAGCGAAGCAUUUUAAGUUUUGUCUCAGCUAAUGUUAACACUGUCUGUUAUAACCGAUUCAUUUCAUAUUAUUGGCAUUAACAUGUGGACACCACUUGUUGCCUUUGGCAACUUUUAGCAAGUGUAGGCAGUGUGUGUGUUAUGAUAAUUAUAGAUAUAUAUGUAUAAUUAGUUAUUUAUUUUUUUGCUGAUAGAUGUAAAUGGUGUGUGUUUAACCUGCACAGAAGCAUCAGACAAUACUGAAGAAAGGACAUGAUCCCCUUCUCUCUAUUGAGAGAUGCACAGUGUGCUGCAGAAAAUACCACUGUGCCUACUGUAAAGUGUUGUAUAACCAUUUGAAUGAGGUACAGAAUCAUGUAGUAGAUCAUAUUCGAGUUGCAGUUCAUCACGAAGAUUUUGUCAUCAUAAAUUGCAGUCUAGACUGCAGACAAGCAGCACAUUUUCACUGCUGCUACUGCAUGUCAACAUUAAUCAGAAGGGAUGCUCUGAUUAAACAUAUAACAAGUUGCAAAAAUACAUCAUCCAGACAGCCUCUACCCACAGCGCCAGCAGCAGCACCACCUCCAUCUCCAGCAGCAGCAGCACCACCUCCACCUCCAUCUCCAGCAGCACCACCUCCAUCCCCAGCAGCACCAUAGUCAGUAGAAGGAUUAUGCGUCCAGCAGCAAGUCAGGGUGACUUGCUAACACUGUGGCAUUCAAAUAAAUAAAAGGAAGUUGCUGGUUCACAUUUACAGAAAACACAGGCAAAGGGUAACUGAAAUUUCAGCUAAACGGCACCUGUCAUGCCAAUGCAUUGAUGCCAAAAAUGGCAUCUUUGCUGUUGAUAAAUCAUUCUUCAAGCCUUGCUCUCCUAUUCAUGUUCAGAAAAAACAUAGGGUGCAAGCCAAAAUAUAAUCUGUGAAUUGGAUGAAUGCAAGACAAAUGCUGAAUUUGCAGUCAGGAGUGGAAUUCUUCCUUAUGAGUGCAUGCAUCUAAAGUCUUUGCUCUUCUGCCCUCGAAUGGACACCUCAUACAUCAUUUUGGAGGAGGAGGUGCUGUCAGAAAUGGUUGCUGCGAAGAUAUUUGGGGACGCAAGGAAGUAAAGCUGCUUAAACCGCCAAAAAGCAGCUGCUGAUGAAGGUGUCCCACUUUCUGUUGAGGUGACUGUUGGAGGGCCUCCUUCUAAAAAGUCAUUUUCAAUAUAUGAGCCAAAGAUAUCACACCACAGCAGACUAGGCAGGGUAAUAGCAGCAUAUGAUUCUAAAAAGAAUUCCUGGAACUGCCCAUGUGCCAAAGCAAGACAGUCAUGUCUCCAUAAAACAAUUGCUAAAUGGCAUCUUUUUAAAACUGACCGAUCAUCUGUUCAGGACUAUAGGAAUGUCUUAUCUUUUGCACAAAGGACUCAGCGGUGAUGAAACAGAUUCUGCUCGCCUGUGACUGGGUGGAGGAGAACAGAACCCACUUUGCUGGGAAGUUCACUUACCACAGGUCAUAAGGAUGAACGAGGAUGAUGCCUUGUUGGCCAUAACAGUGCUGGACCUGUUUAUUGACACCAUUUUCUAUGAAGGUGAAAUGGUUGAGGACAAAAUCCAGGCCCCCUUCCUUUUCACCUUUGAGAGCAUAGAGGAUAUGGAGUUUUUCUGCACAACCCUCACCUUUAACAAGCUAACUGAUGGGGUAGAUCUGGCCAGGUGCUGUUGCCAUGUUCAGUAGAAGAGUACCAGGUUGGCCAACUGUACUCGGUUGCAGAGGCCAGUAAGAAUAACACAGGGGGAGGAGAAGGAAUCGAGGUCCUCCGAAAUGAACCUUACGAGAAGGACGGGGAGAAGGGCCAGUACACCCACAAGAUUUACCACAUACACAGCAAAGUUCCUGGUUUUAUUCAGAUGUUUGCACCUGAAGGAGCCCUGGUUUUUCAUGAGAAAGCCUGGAACGCCUAUCCCUACUGUCGCACUAGUUAGUCAACAUUAGUUACUUGUGCGAAUGUGGCUAAUGGGCUUUUUACACUGGUAUCUCAGGGUUAUUUAUAACCCUCGGUUAACAUGUUCCUUGGUUAUCAUGUUCCAAAACACACUGUUCUUACUUUACCCUGGGUUAGUAAUUAAUCCUGGGUAGUCCGUUUUUGUUUUUAGAUUUCACACAUUCACACUGUAUUUGUAAACCCUUGGUUAACAUUUGUAUUUGCAUAUCUAUAACAUUGUUCAGCUAAGAACAGCACACAAGCUUAAAAGCUGUGCUAACAAGCGUGUAACCUCAAAAGUGGUGCUAGACAACUGUGAAAUGUUGCUUAACCCAUGGUUAAAAAUGUUAAGGACAGUGUGAAAAGCCUUUGUGAUUAUGUUUGCAAGGGAUCGAUUCAACCCAUGUGUAUUAAAAUAUGAAUUGUGUAUUGAAGCAGUCCUCUAUAAUGCAAGCAAAAUACCUUUCCUGAUUGCCCAUCUCUUCUUUUCUCUCCUAUACCUAAUUGAAUGUGGAACACCACAGUUGUUACAAAUGAAUACAUGAAAGAUGACUUCUUCAUUAAGAUUGAAACCUGGCAUAAAGCAGACAUGGGAACAACUGAUAAUCCUCAUGGUCUCCCGCCUGAGGAGUGGGAGGAGACAGAGAUGGUACCAAUCGAUAUAGCAGAUCGUUCUCAGGUGGAUGAUGUGGACUACAAACCGGAAGAGGACCCUGCCAUCUUCCAUUCAGAGAAAACUGGGAGAGGACCUCUGGGGCCUGAAUGGAAGAAAGAGCUUCAUAAUGGUAACUGUCCCUACAUGACGGCGUAUAAGUUGGUGACGGUUCAUUUUCGCUGGUGGGGUCUGCAGGGACGUGUGGAAAACUUUAUUCAUAAGCAGGAGAAAAGGCUCUUCACUAAUUUCCACCGGCAGCUCUUUUGUUGGCUGGACCGCUGGGUGGACCUCACUAUGGAUGACAUCCGCAGAAUGGAGGAGGAGACGCAGAGAGAGCUGGACCAGAUGCGCAGCCAAGGUUCUGUGAGAGGGAUGAAAGCAGGAGAGGACUAGAAAGAGAUAAAAGAAUGAAAGAAACAAAAAAGGGGCUACUUUUUAUUUUACUCCAGUCCUCAUGGCCAAUCACAACGUGCCACAUCACCAAGCCCUUCCAAACAGGAAACUGUCAUCCCUUACCCAGGACAUGUCCAGUAUCAUAAGUGUGAAUGUUUGUGCGAAUGUGUACAGUAUGCAUGUGUAUCUGUGGUUGUGCAGUUUGACUUUAAACCUCAUCAUUUGCUGACAAAUUCUUUGGGACUCACUUAAGACACUUCAAGUGAUAACAGCAUUUCUUUUUAUAAUGAAGUAUUAUAACUGUUUAAUGGGUUUUUUUGGUUCAUUUUGCAACCAUCAGCUUUUUACUGAGUGCGCCAGUGGAGGAAUGAAUCCCAGGCCUCUGAGGAAUCAUUUCACAACAUGUGUUUUGACCAUAAAUAAAUGACUAAGUAAUUUACUUCUUAAUUCUGUUAAAUUUGUCUUGUUGUUUGGGAAAUCUUGGUGGGAACGUGCCUCAAGAGGUAGAGUCAUGUCAGAAAAUGGGAAAAAAUCGAUUAAAGGAAAAACAGAGAGCUUGUUAUACUUGUAAGAAGCUCGAAAGCAUAACGGUUAUUCAGGUUUAGUUAUGGUGGGUUUUUUGGUUUGGUUCUGCACUGAUUGCAGUGUGGAUGUCAUUGUUAGUUGAGAGCUGUGAGUGGAUAAUGAUUCAUUUUUAAACUUGAGAGUGUAAGAGCCUUGAAACCACUCCCACCUUUGACUGACAUGCCACAGGCCACGCCUCUCCAUUCGGAUGGGGACGGUCUGAAUUUUUUGAAAAUGAAGUUCAAUUUACAAUACUGUAACAACAAAUAAAAGAAAACAUUGACUACCA